UGUACAAGUACGAGGGUAUAAAAACUUUCUAUACACCACCCACCCACUCACUCACUCCCUAAGGCCUAAGGUUGAACGAGCCCUUCCUACUAAUCCUGUUUCCCCUUGAAUCACAAUGACUGAGAAGCAAGAUAUCACCGAUCAACCUUCAGCCCAAGAAGCCGAAACCCAAAAUGGCCAAACCGAAGAGACUAAGGUUGACUCAAACGGUCAACCAUCUGAUGAAGAGGACCAUGAAUCGCUGUAUCCUCUGACUAUUCAUCUGCCCCACGAACCGAAUAAGAUCAAUGUGAUGGUCUCGCCUCAAGAGCAAGUCCACGAGUUGCGUCAGUCUAUUAUCGAACUACCUUCCGCUUUUCAAUAUUCCUGCUUCCACCUCGACCACGCGGGGGAACGAAUCAACGACUUUGUCCAAAUUUCAGACGUAGAAGGACUUGGUCCAGAAGCUGAGAUACGAUUGGUAGAGGAUCCAUAUACCGAGAAAGAGGCUAGAAUACAUGUCAUCCGAAUUCGGGACUUAGUGGGUGCUGCGGGGGAUCGGACUGAUACCCUACAAGGGGUUUUGCCCGGAGUCUCUCUCUUCGAUUCCGUCACCACCAGCGCCAAGGACAACGACAAUGUUCAGGCUAGUGCUUAUGACUUCGAUGCUCCUGCGAAGCCUUUAACCCUUAUACCGGCAGAGGAAGAACCUGCCCCUAAGACCGUAAAGUCCAUUGCUCUGUCGCCAUGGAAUCCCCCGCCCUACCACCUUAGGCAGAAGGGUCACUUGCUCUACCUACUCAUUACCACAAAUGAAGGAGAGCAAUACCAGAUCACGUCUCACAUUGGCGGGUUUUACGUUAACAAGUCAUCGAAUAGCAAAUUUGAUCCUUUGCCACGAGCAGCCCCUAAAGGACACUCUGCGCAUUCGUUAUUAACACUGCUAACUCAGAUUUCACCUUCAUUCUCGGAAUCCUUCGAACAGUUGUUGCAGUACAACAACCGUAAGGACCCCUUGGCUACAUUUCAGAUGACAAAUGCCAUUCCUGCGGCGCCGUGGUUGGUUCCGUCUCAAAAUUCGUCGCUGUGCGCCCAUACUCCUGAUAUCACGAGAACCCAGGAGGGCUACCUUAUCUCCGGCAUUGACAACACUGAUACGUUGAGAGACUGGAAUGAAGAGUUCCAAUCGGCACGUGAAUUGCCCAAGGAGACGGUUCAGGAUCGCGUCUUCAGGGAGCGAUUCAUUUCGAAGCUUUUCGCCGACUACUCUGACGCUGCUGCCAGGGGAGCUAUCCUAGUUGCCCGCGGCGAGGUCACUCCGCUAAAUCCCACCGAAGACCGUGAUGCACAAAUAUUUGUCUACAACAACGUGUUUUUCUCCUUUGGAGCCGAUGGCGUGGGUACUUUCACGUCAGAGGGUGGUGAUGAUGCUGCAAGAGUGGCCACUGGAAAAGACGUCAACGGAGUGCGCUUAGUUAACCAACUCGAUAUCGAUGGCCUUUACAGCCCUGCAACCGUAGUGGUUGACUAUCUUGGGAAGCGAAUUGUUGGUCAAACUGUCGUUCCGGGUAUUUUCAAGCAGCGGGAACCUGGUGAGAAUUCUAUCGAAUAUGGUGCGGUAGAAGGCAAGGAAAUUGUUGCGGCUGAUGAACGCUUUGCGGCAACCUUUGAGAAACUCUCCAAAGCCCUGUACGUUAAAAAACAUCCGGUUUGGGACAAGGAUGGUAAACGCUUCGACCUAGAAGCCAGCGUCGAGACUAAGGGCUUGAUGGGCACAGAUGGCAGAAAAUAUGUCCUCGACCUAUACCGCAUUACCCCCUUGGACGUAUUGUGGUUGGAAGAGAAUAGCGCUGUCGAGGAACAGAAGACUGAAUCGGAUUACCCCCAUCGGAUGACCGUCUUGCGACCAGAGCUCGUAGAAUAUUGCCGAAAUCACAAUUGGCACCAGUGGGUAAAUAAGGAGCUCGAAAGGUUGAAGCAAAAGUCCAAAUCUAAGUCAGAAGCCGAGAAAACUGGCGAAGAAGAAAAACCUCUAUCUAUAGAGGAAAAGACUACGGAAGGAAAGGAAGAAGAAAAAGAACAAGAGGAAGAAGAAGAAGAAGAAGAAGGAAAAGAAGAGGAGAAGCCUACAGAGCCAAGCGAGGAAACCGCAACAGAAGACGAGGAACGUAUCGACGCUUCAGAAUUUCAUUUCGCGCUCAACCCAGAUGCAUUCAGUGGCCAGGUCCCCCAGACUGAUGCCGAGAAGGAGGAACUGGCUGCUGACGAGGAGGACGUCCGAAAUGCCUGCAAGUAUCUACGCGAAUCGGCAAUUCCCGAUUUCGUCAACGAUAUUAAAGUCUCGGAUCUACCAUUUCCCAUGGAUGGCAUAUCUCUCUCUAAGAUGAUGCACAAGCGCGGAAUUAACAUUCGAUACCUUGGCAAGAUAGUCUCUCUUUGCGAGGGUCCUAGGCUUUUACGCCUCCGCGAUUUAUGUUUGAACGAGAUAAUAUCGAGAGCAUUCAAGCAUGUCGCAGGCAAAUAUUUACGAUACUUACCCAUUUCCCUAACCUCUUCCUGCAUCGCCCAUCUUCUCAACUGCCUUCUUGGGUCUGGGUUCAACAGUAACCCUACUGCUGAUAUCGACGAGUCUCUGAAAGCAUUGUACCCAGAAGCCGACCUUUCAUUUGCCAGCGCCACACCUGAAAGCCUCCGAAAGGAGAUCGCCGCACAGGUAUUUCGUCGAUUCAGGUUCACACUGGAUUCAGACCUACAAUUCCAGAUAAAACACCUGCAACUUCUCCGUGAAGUGUCUUUGAAGCUCGGCUUCCAAUUGCAGGCAAAGAACUUCCAAUUCACCUCCGAUUCCAGCACUGGAAAUACUACCACCGCAACCACAAAUGGUGUCAAUGGUCAUGCGAGCAGUGACGGCAAGAAGAAAAAGAAGAAGUCAAGGGACGGAUCCCCGUCUUCUAUUUCUUCCGUUACUAUUCCAACUACCUUCACUCCAGAUGAUGUUGUAAACGUCGUCCCUAUCAUCAAAGAUUCUGCGCCGAAGAGUGCUAUUUCCGAAGAGGCUCUGGAAGGUGGCCGCCACUCCAUCAUGCAAAAUAACAGAAAAAUUGGUCAGGAGUUGUUAUUGGAGAGUCUGACUCUCCACGAGCAAAUUUACGGAAUCCUUCACCCAGAAGUUGCGCGAGCUUACUCUAGCUUGGCACAAGUCUAUUACCAUCUUGAGGAGAAGGAGGCUGCAGUCGAUCUAGCGAGAAAAGCAGUUAUCGUAUCAGAGCGCACGAUAGGCGUCGACUCUGCGGAGACACUUCUCUACUACCUGAAUCUUGGACUUUACGUACAUGGAUCUGGUGACAGCAAGAACGCCCUGACAUAUGUCAAACAUGCCCUUGAUUUAUGGAAGAUAAUUUAUGGACCAGACCACCCGGACUCGAUCACAACUCUAAAUAAUGCAGCUGUCAUGCUCCAGCAUAUGCAAGCAUACCAUGAAUCUCGAAUCUGGUUUGAGCAAGCCCUCGCUGUUUGCGAGCGCGUGAUGGGCAAGCAGUCUCUCCCAGCUGCUAGCCUCCUCUUCCAGCUUGCCCAAGCGCUAGCUUUGGACAACGAGUCCAAGGCCGCUCUCGGUAAGAUGCGAGAAUGCUACACUAUCUUUUUACACCAGCUCGGCCCGGAGAAUAACAACACCAAAGAGGCUGAGACCUGGUUGGAGCAACUGACGCAGAACGCCGUCGCGAUCGCAAAGCGGGACAAGGACGCCCAGGCGAGACGUCUACGAGCCGGGAUACACUUCCCACCGCGCAACGUCGCUCUCGGCGGCGGUGCCGGUGUUACGGUUCAGCCCGCGGCUCUGAGCGCGGGCAGGUCAGACAAGCCCGAUGCUAGAAGCAUCGAUGACCUCAUCAAGUUCAUUGAGGGCAAUACGGCUCAGAAAAAGAGCACCAAGAAGCGCACCGCGCGCACAGGACCCAAGACCCGAGUGGGCGCAGCUGCUUAACGAUGAACUGAUAGACGCCAGAAAUGAUUGGGUACGGAUAACGGGGAAUGAAGU